AUGUCAACUCUUGCUCAGGGUCCCGUUGAGGCCCGCUCAUUGUCAUCGGUUACUGCCAUCGCCUCGAAUCCGCCUGCCUAUCCCCGCAACCCGACACACGAGAAGCUUGACCAGCUCAUACUAUACAUUGUGCGAGUGCCAGGGAGCCAAGAUCUAUUUCUCUCCCCAUUGAAACCCCCGACAAAAUCUAGCGUCUCUGCGGAGGCCAUCAAUGCUUCUCUCUACUACCUCCACGUCGCGACACCCGAGGACGACGAGCUACUAGAACAGCUCGAGCUGGAACGCAAGCAGGAUGCCGAAAGACGGAGGGAGGAGCUCGAAGCGACCGGUACGAAUGAUCCUGCGCAGCGAGGGUUUGCGAGGAUGAAUACCAUUCGUCGGAAGCCUGUCAAGGUAACGGAAAAUGGGCAAGAAUCUGCUCCUGCGCCAGAACAAGAGGACACCCCGCCAAACCCUCCGUCUUUGCCGCCGCGCCCGGUUUCAAUGCCUCAACAGUUUGCCGAAAAUACCCCGAUAUACGAUCUCUCCGGCCCCAAUGCGCCGCCUACAGGCCCAGAAAAUGUUCCAGUAGAGAUUGCGGGAGGCUCCGGAGCUCACAGCCCUAUCGCCAGGCGGCCCCUGCCGCCUGUGCCUCCUAACGAAGAAGCAUGGGGGGACCAUUCAAACCAUAACGAACCUACGCCGAGCACAUGGAAGCAUAACGACGGGUCGGCAACGCCGGGCCGGUUUAACCCCCCCCUGCCUCCUCGCCCUUCACAAGACCGCGUACCUUCGCCAAGACGAAACCAUGACCAUUCGCCUGUGCGGAAGCGAAGCCCGCCAGACCCCGCAAGUCGGCCAGGGUUUCGCAUCACCUUCAUUCGGCGAGAUCCUACAUCUGGUAUGCAGUGGAAUGUUGCGACGAUUUCCACUGCAAAUCCAACCGAACCAGUGGAUCUGGAAAUCGCCACGCCUGGGUACAACCGCUUUGUUGGAUCUAAUGAUGCAAUGUCACUUGCUAGUCUUGCUGCAAAUCUACCCCCGGGCUUGAUACACACUGCUGGAUCUUCCAUCCCUCCGGCGGCCCAGGCAGCACCAGCAGAGCAACCAGCAGAGCAGACCACCGGCCCACGCAAGUUCCACAGACAGCUCCGCGUCUCCAAGCCCUCUGAUGACCACUCCUCUGGGCAAUCGGAGCUCAAGAGCGGCUACUACGUCUUCAAUUCUCCCUGGAAUGGGACCUGUACCUUCUCCAGCAGCGUGAACGGCCGCAGUCUCAAAUGCAAGCAUCUGAUCCCUGGGCCGAGCGGCGUGCCCACCCACAGCGAUGGCGAACAAACCAAUCCCGCAGUGACGGUAGCAGAAAUUCGUUUCAACAUGCCCUCGCAAGCUGCGAACCUUCACCACCACGCAACGAGACACACAAACCACCUUUCAUCCCAUUUUCCAACCUUCCAUCCUCAAUCGAACCGCGACCUUGAAUCCAUGAGCCCAACAUCCAAGCGAGCGUCCCUCUCUCAAUUCCUGAACCCGAAUAAUUACACUCGUCCCCGUGCCCACUCGAACUCGAACCAGCCUACUGCCCAUACGCCUGAUCCUCAUCGGGGUAACAUCAACCCUACGCAACUCUUCCGCCAAACAUCUCUACGUGCGAGCCAAUUUGCCGCUCAAAAGGCUCAGUCCGGCCAUGCGCAUUUCCACCGACGGCGUAGUCCUAGUAAUAGCAGUGGUCAAGACUCUGAUGAGGAUCGGCUUGAUUUCUCCUUGGCCCGGGAACUGGCGGGAGGUGGUAUGCGUGGCAAGAGUGCCAAGCUGGGGAAGUUGAUUAUCGAGGAUGAGGGCAUCAAGAUGUUGGACCUGCUUGUUGCGGCUUGUAUGGCUGUUUGGUGGCGGGGGUAUCACCACUGA